GCAUUAGUCUUGUAACAGAACUUGAACAAAACGUGACUAAGGCGAGAAGCCAAACCAAGAAAAGAGGAACAAAGUCAAAUUUUCUUUGAAUAAACGGUGCAAAGUGAAGAAAAAGCAGUGAAAUUUAAAUUGCUAAAAGUUAAUUAAAAAAGUAAUUCUAAAUUACAACACAAAUUUCUGAAAUCUUGUGAAUUUAUAAAUAAAAAGCAAAGAUGCCAGAAGAAGUUGAAACAUUCGCUUUCCAAGCUGAGAUUGCUCAGCUGAUGUCACUGAUCAUCAACACAUUCUACUCCAACAAAGAAAUCUUCUUGCGUGAAUUGAUUUCCAACGCUUCCGAUGCCUUGGAUAAAAUCCGCUAUGAAUCAUUGACCGAUCCCUCGAAAUUGGAUUCUGGCAAGGAAUUGUAUAUCAAAUUGAUUCCCAACAAGACCGCUGGUACCUUGACCAUCAUUGAUACCGGUAUUGGUAUGACCAAAUCGGAUUUGGUCAACAAUUUGGGUACCAUUGCCAAGUCUGGCACUAAGGCUUUCAUGGAAGCGUUGCAGGCUGGCGCUGAUAUUUCUAUGAUUGGUCAAUUUGGUGUAGGUUUCUAUUCUGCCUACUUGGUUGCCGACAAAGUCACAGUCACCUCCAAACACAACGAUGAUGAACAAUACGUUUGGGAAUCGUCUGCUGGUGGCUCGUUCACAGUCCGUGCCGAUGACUCUGAACCAUUGGGUCGUGGUACCAAGAUUGUUUUGUACAUCAAGGAAGAUCAGACUGACUACUUGGAGGAAAGCAAAAUCAAGGAAAUUGUCAACAAGCACUCUCAAUUCAUUGGUUAUCCAAUUAAAUUGCUCGUAGAAAAAGAGCGCGACCAAGAAGUUUCCGAUGAUGAGGGUGAGGAUGAAAAGAAGGAAGAAGAAAAGAAGGAAAUGGAAACCGAUGAAGCCAAGAUCGAAGAUGUUGGUGAGGAUGAAGAUGCCGACAAGAAGGAUAAGGAUGGCAAGAAGAAGAAGACCGUCAAGGUUAAGUACACAGAGGAUGAAGAAUUGAACAAGACCAAACCCAUCUGGACUCGCAAUCCCGAUGACAUCUCUCAAGCUGAAUAUGGAGAAUUCUACAAAUCCCUCACCAACGAUUGGGAAGACCAUUUGGCCGUCAAGCACUUCUCGGUUGAAGGUCAACUUGAAUUCCGCGCCCUGCUCUUCAUCCCCCGUCGCACACCAUUCGAUCUCUUCGAAAACCAAAAGAAACGCAACAACAUCAAGUUGUACGUCCGUCGCGUAUUCAUCAUGGACAACUGCGAAGAUCUUAUUCCUGAAUACUUGAACUUCAUCAAGGGUGUUGUCGACUCUGAAGAUUUGCCCUUGAACAUUUCUCGUGAAAUGUUGCAACAAAACAAAGUAUUGAAGGUUAUCCGCAAGAACUUGGUCAAGAAGACCAUGGAAUUGAUUGAAGAGCUCUCCGAAGACAAGGAACUCUACAAGAAGUUCUACGACCAAUUCAGCAAGAACUUGAAAUUGGGUGUCCAUGAGGACAGCAACAACCGCGCUAAGAUUUCCGACUUCUUGCGCUUCCACACAUCCGCCUCCGGUGACGACUUCUGCUCCUUGGCCGAUUACGUCUCCCGCAUGAAGGAGAACCAGAAACACAUCUACUUCAUCACUGGUGAAUCCAAGGAACAGGUUGCCAACUCAGCCUUCGUUGAACGUGUCAAGGCUCGUGGCUUUGAAGUUGUCUACAUGACAGAACCCAUCGAUGAAUACGUCAUCCAACACUUGAAGGAAUACAAGGGCAAGCAAUUGGUCUCUGUUACCAAGGAAGGCUUGGAAUUGCCUGAAGAUGAGGAGGAAAAGAAGAAGCGCGAAGAGGACAAGACCAAAUUCGAAAACCUCUGCAAGAUCAUGAAAUCGAUCUUGGACAACAAAGUCGACAAAGUUGUCGUUUCCAACCGUUUGGUUGAAUCUCCAUGCUGUAUUGUAACAUCACAGUUCGGUUGGUCCGCCAACAUGGAACGUAUCAUGAAGGCUCAAGCUUUGCGUGAUACCUCCACCAUGGGAUACAUGGCUGGCAAGAAGCACUUGGAAAUCAAUCCCGAUCAUCCAAUUAUCGAAACCUUGCGUCAAAAGGCCGAAGCUGAUAAGAAUGACAAAGCUGUCAAGGACUUGGUUAUCUUGUUGUUCGAGACCUCCCUGCUUUCAUCUGGCUUCUCUCUACAAAGCCCACAAACCCAUGCCAGCCGCAUUUACCGCAUGAUCAAGCUUGGUCUCGGUAUCGACGAAGACGAACCUAUGGCUGCUGAAGAAACCCAAAGUGCCGCUGAUGCUCCCCCAUUGGUCGAUGAUACCGAAGAUGCUUCUCACAUGGAAGAAGUCGAUUAAAUACUUAACCCCUGCCCUUCCUCUUAACGUAUAAGUAGCUUAUAAGAGUUUACCACGUACUCGACAGACAACAGACUGUUGCAAGUAAUUCCAUGGAUGUCUGGAACACAUUAAUGUAGUAGUUUUGUGUUUCUGAUUCAUUUGUGUUGUGUAAAAUAGAAGAAUUGACUACUCACCAUUGCCGCGUUGUAAGCGGUAGCACAUUCUGUGUGCGACAUUCAUCAUUCAUCAGUCAAAUUCAUAUUUUAUUUAAAUUUACUAUUUUUUUUUGUAAGAUCGCAGUUUCUAAGGUUUGAUUAAAAGAAAAAAAGAAAUAAAAUCCAAGCAACUAUUUAUAGAUGACUAUAAUUUAUGUUUUUUAUUUUGUUUACUCCUAUUUUUGGCGACAAAAAUUUGUUUUUAGUGUUAGGUUCUUUGGUUGGAAUUUGAAAAUAUUUUGAUUUACAGAAAAACGAAGUUGAAUGUAAAUCGUUGUAUUACAAAAGAUAUAAAUAAAAUACGCAUCUGAUCACAA